GCUACGCUCCGGAAGCCGCCCCUGCCAGCCCCUGUAAACGUGUCGGGGAAACAGCGCCCGUCGUAAAAAGUCGCGGUGGAACCUCCCUACGGUGCAGAGAGCCGUGGCUUUAUGGUGCCAGCCACUGCUGAGCCGGGAGAUGUCGGCUGCGGGUGGGGUGGAUCCCCCGGGUCCUCCCAGCAGCUUUGCGAAGCGGGUCCUGGUGACCGGGGGUGCUGGUUUCAUUGCAUCGCAUGUGAUUGUCUCUUUAGUAGAAGAUUAUCCAAAUUAUAUGAUCAUAAAUCUAGACAAGCUGGAUUACUGUGCAAGCUUGAAGAAUCUUGAAACCAUUUGUAACAAACAAAACUACAAAUUUAUACAGGGCGACAUAUGUGAUCCUCACUUUGUGAAGCUGCUGUUUGAAACAGAGAAAAUAGACAUGGUCCUGCAUUUCGCGGCACAAACACACGUCGAUCUUUCGUUUGUGCGCGCCUUCGAGUUCACCUACGUCAACGUGUACGGCACUCACGUGCUGGUGAGCGCGGCCCACGAAGCCAGGGUGGAGAAGUUCAUCUACGUCAGCACGGACGAGGUGUACGGCGGCAGCCUCGACAAGGAGUUUGAUGAAUCUUCGCCCAAGCAACCAACAAAUCCUUACGCGUCCUCCAAAGCAGCGGCUGAGUGUUUUGUGCAGUCCUACUGGGAACGAUACAAGUUUCCAGUUGUCAUCACGAGGAGCAGCAAUGUCUAUGGACCACACCAAUACCCAGAAAAGGUUAUUCCAAAAUUUAUAUCUUUACUACAGCACAACAGGAAAUGCUGCAUCCAUGGGUCAGGGCUUCAAACGAGGAACUUCCUGUAUGCUACCGAUGUCGUGGAAGCCUUCCUCACCGUGCUCAAGAAGGGGCAGCCGGGGGAGAUCUACAACAUCGGGAGCAGCCUCGAGAUGUCCGUGCUACAGCUGGCCCGCGAGCUCAUCCAGCUGAUCAAGGAGACCAAGUCGGAGUCUGAAAUGGAACGCUGGGUUGAUUAUGUCAAUGACAGACCCACGAAUGACAUGAGGUAUCCAAUGAAGUCAGAGAAGAUACACGGCUUGGGAUGGAGACCCAAAGUGCCUUGGAAAGAAGGAAUAAAGAGAACAAUUGAGUGGUACCGGGAGAAUUUUCACAACUGGAAGAACGCGGAAAAGGCAUUAGAGCCCUUCCCGGCGCAGCCGCCGUUUGUGUAGACGGGAGCUUUUGGAGAAGGGAGAGCCUUACCCUACCUCAACGAGCGAUGUGAAAUCAAGCGACCAAAGGAAGUGUCUUGUUUUCAUUUGGAACUAGACUCAUAUCUUUUGGUAUAAAAUUCAGAAAUUGUACCCAUCUUGAGAAGAGUUUCAGUAUUAGUGUAGGAUUUGAACAUGAACAUUCUUUCCGAAGCUUUUUCUGGAUCGGGAGCCAG